GCGAGACAGUCCUUGCGGCUGCUUCCUAUACUCUCCCUUCUUAACAAGCCACAAACUUGGCAGCAACUAGAAGAACUUCAUGAUUGAUGAGAAUGUCACUAUGUGGAGCAUGCGUUGACCUUGCUAAGAAGUUGUCCAACGUCAUAUCGGCUGGCCAUGAGGACACAUCAUCCCAAAAACCGAUACGGCAUGACCGCCCCUUCAGGCAAGUCCGGGACGUGGACCACAACAGUUGCCCGAUGUGCUCGUUGUUGCAGAGCAGAUACACGAGAGAAGAUGAAGACAACCCUCUGGACGACAGUUUCAGCGCAGAGAUAGUCCCAUGUUGGGUGCGAGACGAUGCGCCUGUUGAGGGAGCAAUCUCAAAUCCGCACCGAUAUGUACUAAGGACCCUCUUCGUGUCAGUCCGAAGAGAUAGAUCUGGAUUAGGGAAUUUGGGAGAUGGGUCAAGAGUUUAUCCGCCUGUUCCACUUCAACUCUUUGCUCCGAGAGGCUGCCCCGAGUCACUGGGGACUUCCGUCUGGCGUGAAGAACAACUGGUGAAUUCUAGCCUUCAGGAUUCGCUCGCACUUUGCCAGACAUGGUUCAAAUCGUGCCUCGAGAAUCACACAGGUUGUCAUGAAUCCGGGUUUGGCAGUGCAUCCACCACGACGCAAAGAAACCCCCUCCCCACAAGAGUGCUGGAUACUGCUCCGACAAGUAAUCCUUCCAGCCUGCGGCCAGUAGAGUCAAAUGGCAUGCAAGGCACAUGGGCCGCAUUGAGCCACUGCUGGGGAAAGCCAGAAAACCGACCGCUAACGACUACACGAGCGAAUCUCAAGAGUCAUUUGAGUAUGAUUGAGUUCGCUUCGCUUCCAAAAACAUUCCAGGACGCAGUUCUGCUGGCGAGGGCACUUGGGAUCCGUUAUUUAUGGAUUGACUCUUUGUGCAUAAUCCAGGACGACAAGCAGGACUGGAAAAGCGAGAGCAACAAAAUGGGUGCCAUUUACCAGAAUGCCGCAAUUACCUUUGCGGCCGCUGAUGCUCAGGACAGCACCGAGGGAUGCUUCGUCGAUGGAAGCUCUCUGUCGUAUACGGCGACAGAACAGUUCUCGUCGCACCCGAAUGAUGAGACAGGAGCAUAUAAGCUUCUCGCCGUCGAGGAAAGCCCAGAAGUCACCAGCGCUGCCCGUCUGCCCUUUUUCACGGACGAUAAACUCACAGGGUCUUUCUUCGUCGCCCCUUGGCCAUUAGGACGGGAACAAAAGUCGCAUUCCCUGGAGGAGUCCCCGCUCUUCAAGAGAGCCUGGGUGAUGCAGGAAUGGGCACUGUCCCGACGGACUCUGAUCUUUCAGAAAAACUCAAUUGUGUGGUCAUGCCGAGCCAUGUGCACCGAUGAGCGAGGUUAUCGACUGGAAUUUAAAAGGCCGUCCCUGCAAGACUGGGGAGGGUUGGUGGAAGAAUACACAAAAAUGGACUCGACUUUCAAGUCAGACAGGUUAAUCGCCAUACAAGGACUAGCAAACUUGCUUCAGCAACAAAGGGGAGACAUGUACUUUGCUGGAAUGUGGACAGCAGAUCUACCAGAAUCUCUAUUGUGGAAGGUUUAUGAUGACAGCCCGACUAGCCCUGACCGCGAACGGCCACAUCUCCCCUCAUGGACUUGGGCGAACCUGGAAGGCCCCAUUCGCUUCCAGCUCUCUGGGCAGCCUUUUAGAACCCAUCAUCAGGAGCAUCUAUCGGAUACGCUUCAAGAACUGUCUGUACGGCCUUCGGGUGCGCUCUAUCUAAAGGGUCCAGUGGCUCACCUAAAAUCUGGCACUCUUGACUUUGUCGCGAGAACGCCUCGAUAUCCUCAUCCCUACAAGUCAUUCUUCAAGCUAGAUUUCAAGGGGUACUCAAAUUGCAGACAAAAUGGAGGAUCCUUGUCCGGGAAGCAGAUGGUGGCAAUCCCCGGCGACAGGUCCUUGAGCCCGCCAUAUAAGAACCCGGAUCGUGCUGGGUGGGCCAUAAUGGAUCUCGAUGUCGUCCAAGAUUGCAAUUCGGUGUAUUGCAUUGCGGUAAAAAAGGAAACCAAUGCUGUUUGUCGUCUGUCCAAUGCGGAAUUUAACUACGAGGACGCAUAUCAUGUUAUCCUUCUUCGGCCAGUUACGUGUUUCGGCUUAUUGCGGCGAUAUGUGCGUAUUGGGAUAGGUGUGGUGGCAAUAACUUCCAGGUUAUGGCAUCAAGAAGAAGUUGAGAUAGUGUAGAGCUAACACAACCUCGCCGACGGGGAGGAUCUCCU